CCAUUUUUAAUUCAUAAGUCAGUACAAGGUUAAGAGAUCUGUUCAUCAAAGAAAUGUCAAACCCAACAUCUUUAUGUUUCUUAUAUGAACUCUCAAGCUCUUCUCUCAUGGAAGUAAAUGAAGACACGAUCCCAUAUAUGCAAAAUCUUUUUCAAGAAGAAGAAACUUCAUUAGGAAAGAGAAAGAUAGCUUCGAUUGUGGAGACAGAAGAUGAAAGGGAAGUGAAGAAAAUAGCCUUCUUUUCUCAAGUACCUCUAGAAGAAGAAGACAUUGAUAUGGUCGCAGAAGAUACAGAAAGAGAGGAUCUUAUAGAUAAUAACGAGAUUAUCAUGGAAGAAAAUGCUCUUGAAGAAUGUUGUGUCGUUGACUUUGAUGGUUUCUUUUGAAACAUCGUCGUUGACUUUAGUAGGUUCUUUUGAAAUCUAUCUUCUCUUGGCAUCUGCGUUGACCUUUUUCUUAUGAUACUUGCUUUGCAUCAUAUAUGUCAUGUAAUUUUACUUGUUUGGAUAACUAAAAAUUUCUGAGCCUAAAAACCCAUUACUUCCUUGGAUUAGCGGUGAGAUUAACA